AUGAAAGAAAUAGAAGCAAUAGAAGCAAUAGAAACAACAUCAUCAUUAGAAACCUCACCAUUAAUUAAAAAACAAGAAGAACUCGCCACUACAUGGGACUACACUUUGUUUAUGUGGCAUCCUAUUUCUAUGUCUGCUAGUGUAUUUUUACUGACUCAAGGUAUUUUGUAUGUGGCAACUAUCCUCGGAAUAUUUGGACUUACAAUAGCAGUAUACAACAAAUCACUUCGUAAUAAACGACACAUUCAAUCAUGGCACGCGAUAUUCGGACUAUCCUUACUCCUGCUAAUAACCACACAACUAAUAUUCGGUCUGGCGAUUGCAACUUUUCCUCGUCUGGUAUUCGGGUCGACAUUACGUGCCAAAAAACUGUACAAGUACCAUCGAGCUUUCGGCUACAUUUUUCUGGUGUUGGCUUGGGUGACAAUGUUCACGGGCACGCAGGUCGGUCGGACUAAACGCGAAUUCGAUCAUCUGUACGUGUGGGUGAUGACGUUGGUGGUUGUGUUGGUGGGUGUUGUCGAACGUGUUAAUAGGCAGAAGAUUGGAUUUUAA